AUGAUAAAAAAAAAUAAUUACACUUUUAAGAAAGAAACAACCAGAGAUUAUUCUUUUCCUCCCCAAGAGGAACUAAUAAGAAUUAGAAAAAAAUUCUCUAAUCCAAAACAUGAGGGGGGGAAUAUUGCUUUAUUGGAAGAUGCUGAUGAAAUUGAAAAAAUGAAAUAUAGUGUAAGUCAAAGCAUCUUAAAUUAUCAUCUUGAAACUAAGAAAUCUUUAGCAACAAUAGUUCGAGAAAUAGGUUUAACAGGUCUUACCGAAAAAAAACUUUAUGAUAUUUGUCGCGGAAAAGUUAAUGAUUUCAGUUUAGGAGAGUUAGUAAUCUAUGCGAGUAAUUUAAGAAUUAAUUUUAUUCCUUGUUAUAAUUGUGGGGUUAAUCUUUUUCCUUCCUUGUCAGAAGCAUUAAUUUUAUCUUUGAGAGAACAAGAAAGUUUGCUAAUGAAAGACUUAGACAUUCACAAAAAUUUAGCACUACUUUUUUGGGAGAAUUCUCCAAAGAUAACUAAAUUUGAACAAAAAAUGAAAGACCUCCGCUAUACUCCUGAAGAUGUUAAACUAGCUUACCAAAUAGUUAGCCAAGACUUAUUCAACUCUUUACUAAGAACUUCCGAAUCUAAAAUUAAGUUAGGCAACUUAGAAGAAAUGACCAAUCCAAAAAAAGAAGAAUCAACCAACCCUAAUAAUCAAAAACCCAAUACUCUAAUCACUACUUUGGGUUCUUUAUUACCUUUUGCUCCGCUAAUUUAUGAACAGUUUACCGGACAAAAAGUUCCUCAAAUGAGUGGCACCCUAGUAGAGAUGCAAAGCACUCUCUUACAAAUCCAAACUAGUUUACACUCUUUAAACCAAAGACUAACUAGUUUAGAAAGUAGUGCUUCUCAGCAACUAAAUAAUUUAACCCACCAAUUUAAAAAUUUAAGACUCACCCAUACCAAAGAACAGAAACAGAUUGAAUUUGACCGAUCCCAAGAAGAAAAUAAUUAA